AUGGUCUGCAUGUGGACUGCAGACACUGUGUGGGAUACUAGCACGGUCAUCUUCUGGCCUAGGGUGAACUUGCUUGCCUCUUGGAUGUUCACUGCUACAACAGCUCUGAGGCACCCUGACCACCCCUUGGCUGCUGUAUCUAGCGGUUUGGAGAAGUUGGCAACUGCCCUCUGUUCUAGUUCUGCUCCCCAGGGUGCUAGCGAGGAAAAGGAGCCCUCUCCUAGGAAGAUCCCAGCUCCGUCGCUCAGCAGCGCGGCCGCCGGCCCCGAGCCGCCGGGGCCCGGGGUGGGUGGGGAUGCCUGGCCCGGGACGGUCGGGCGGCGCUCGGGGGCCGGGUCUGGCCCCGGGCCGAGCGCUGACGGCCGCGUGUCGCCCGCAGGGCAGGCGCAGGAGGCCUUGCAGGAGCUGUACCGGCUGGGUUCACUGCUGGGGCGCGGCAGCUUCGGCAGCAUCUUCUCGGGGACCCGGCUCACGAACGGCGUCCCGGUGGCCAUCAAAUGCGUGCCGCGGGAUCGCAUCCAUCGCUGGGGUGAGCUGCCCAACGGCGCCCGUGCACCCCUGGAGAUCGUGCUGCUCGACAAGGUGUCCACUGGGUUCUGUGGAAUGAUUCAGCUCCUGGAGUGGUUUGAGCUCCCCAGCUGCUUCUUGUUGGUACUGGAGCAUCCGGAGCGAUGUCAGGACCUCUUUCAUUUCAUCAUGGCUCGGGGGUUCCUGCCGGAGGAGGAGGCGCGGGGGCUGUUUCGCCAGGUGCUGGAGGCCGUGCAGCACUGCAGCAGCUGUGGGGUCCUGCACAGGGACAUCAAACCUGGCAACAUCCUCAUCGACCUGGCCACCGGGCAGGUCAAACUGAUUGACUUUGGCUGUGGCACCUUCGUCCAGGACACAGUCUACACCCAAUUCGCAGGAACACCAUCCUACAGCCCCCCAGAAUGGACCCACCUCAAAUGCUACCACAGCAAGGCAGCAGCGAUCUGGUCCCUGGGUAUCCUGCUGUACCAGAUGGUCUGCGGGAAGCACCUGUUCAGGAGGGGCCAGGACAUCAUCUGGAGCCAGCUCAAGUUCCCACAACGGCUCUCUCAAGAGUGCCAAGAUGUUAUCAGUUGGUGUUUAUCCAUGCACUCCUUGGACAGGCCAUCUUUGGAAGAUCUGUUCUAUGACCCUUGGCUGCAGGAUGUUCAUCUGCCCUAGAAGAUGGGAGAGAUUCACAGGCACCAUUUGAUCCCAGAGCCUGGAUCAAACAGCUCCACACGUCUCUUGGUAAUAAGAAGCAAAGUCCUGCCUGUACCAUGGAGCAGGGAUCAUCAGAUGGGAACAUCUGUUCUGGAGCUGAGCUGGUCUUGGAAGGAGAAACAGCCCCUGGAGAAGCUGGACCAGGUGGGGCUGCUGCAAGGACAAGCUCAAGGAUGACAAUCUCUUCCUCGACCUGGCCACUGGCAGCUGGAGGUGAUCGACUUUGAUUCUGGCACCUUCUUCAAAGACAUGAUCCAUGCCCAAUUUGCAGCCGGGCUCUGUGGAUGCUGAGGCAGCUCUGGGCUUUGCCAGGGCUUUGCUGGGCUCAGCCCUGGGCACAGCUGGGCCUGCUCUGCCCUCACAUGGCUCUGACAGCUUUGCAUCAGACGAGCCCGUUCUGAGCACUCCACCUGAGCUUUCUGCUUUUGCAGGUGAGGGAGACUCUCCUGCAGGCCAAGACAUUUCAGUUAGGGACACACGCCCAGUUGGCAAGAACCCAAAUUCUCCACUGUCCCAGCUGAAUGCCUGGAUCUCCACAGGAUGUUUUGUCUGCCCCACUCUUCAUUCCUUUUUGGCUGGAAUGGUGCAGUUGCACUUUCUUCCUCCUCUAGAAGUGCCAUGAGUGGCAAAACCUGGCGAGUGGGCCGUGUUCCUAAGGCAGUGCAGUCUGGAGCUGAUGGAUGGAGAAUUGCCCUUUUGCCCUUCCAAAGCAGAGCAAAAAGCUGAAACUUGUCCUAACAAAGGAGUGUCCUUUGCUCCUGGUUCCCAUGUGGAACAGCUCCCUUCCUGCUGACUGAGCUGUUCAGGGAGAGCCCAGCAGCUCCAGGCCCUGCAGGGCAGAGGCUUUUCCCUGUUGCUGGGCACAGACUGAUGGAGCAGCACUGCUGAACACGGGGACACAUGGAGGGACCAGGAGCAGCUGCCUUUGUCCACCUGGAGCUCCAAGGCCCAAACUCUGAGCAGACAGGGCUGGAAGAGACUCACAGGCUCCCUGGUUGCUGUGCUGCCCCACUUGUGCCCGGCCCAGCUGUGUGUGGGGCAGAGGGAGAACAAGGGGCAACUCCCUCUCAACCCCCAGCCCAGGGACCCCUCUGGCCCCGGGGCUUGGGGCACUGUCAGCACCCACUGCUCCAGCCACUGCUUCUGCUGGCACUGACAGCAACACCCAAAUUGUGGCUGAUCCCGAGGGAGCAGCAGCAGUGCCUGGAUCUGAUCCCUGACUCUGGGGCAGGGCUGGACAAAUGCCCCCACAGCAGCAGCAGCACAUGGACCUGACUUUCAGCACAGCCCCUGGCACUCUUCCCUCCCAUGUGCAGGGGUGUCACAGCAGCCUGGAGCACCUGGGAGCCCCCAGUGCCAGCAGGAGCUGGAGAUGACAGCCCUGGGCUCCUGGAGCUUGUGCAGGGAACAGAGGUGGGGACUCCCUGUCCAUGUGGAGCUUCCAGAUGGAAAAGGCUGCUGUGCGCGGGCAGCUCCAAGGACAGAGAAAGGAAGGGCUGAUACCCUUGAUCUGUGCCAGUUCCACAGUCCUGGGCAGCAGCCACCGAGCACAGGGGGAACAGAGGGCAGAGCAAGAGGGACAAAACCAGCCAAGGUCAGAGAGUAGGAAGAGCCAGAGCUGGGAGCAGGAGCAGCUGCUUCACUGCACUCUUGGAGGAAGCUCUUGGCUGGUUCAAAGUGCUGAAAGGUGUGAAGGGCACAGGAGGCCACACCAAACAACACUCCUCGUUCCAUACCCUCCCCUCUCAGUGUCCCAGAAGGAAUUGGAUGAAGUGUGUUCUUCUGAGUUGUCUCGUUCAGGGUAGCAGCUCGGCACCAGGAGCUAAAGGAGCUGAAGCCUCAGGCCUCAAGAGCUGACCAAGAGGGGACUUUUGGACUAAAGUAAUGCUGCUAACAUGGGCCUAGCUGAAUGUAGCAGAUGGAAUCCUGGAAUUACAAAGUCCUUUCUGUUGGGAAAGACCUCUGAGCUCACCCAGUCCUGCUGUUCACCCAGCACUGCCAAGCCCAGCACUAAAUCACAUCCCUGAAGCCUGGACAAGAGGCCCUGACUGAAGCCUGGACAACAGGCCCUGAGCCAAAGGUGAUCUCUGGAUGAACCUUCCGACCAAAUGUUCUAUUUUUAUCUGCUCAUUAAUGAAAUAUGCAUGGUCAUUAGCACUGUGAUAGAUGUAUGCACUCAGUGAAAUAUGGAAUGACCUUUCUGUAUUUAGAAGCUGAGCUAGGCCAUUGAAUCCAACAUCUGGCCUUGUUUGGGACUGUAUGGUCAAAGCCAACUCCCUUGGUUCCUCCUUGAGCUCUAGCCAGGCUUUGGGAGGAGCCCAAGAGGAGGAUGAAACCAGAUGCUCCUGCACUAGAAGAGCUGUCGGUUUGUUUAUUCAGCACUGUCAAAGCUGGGCCCUCUCCCAGCAGGGCUGGAAGCCUCACCUGUGGCCGGAGGCACCUGCAGGAAUUCCCAGUGUCCGGGAGUGGCUCUGCAGUCCUUGGCUGUGCCAGCAUCCCCCAGCUGAUGUGUGGGUCUGGGUGAUGAUAAAGCCUGGGGGUAACUGAUGAUGGAUCAUUCUUAAUCACUGUGGGCAGUCUUUGGUAGUGAUGGUUGGGUGCAUUGCUGAGCUUCUCCUUUUGUGAUUCUUUGCUGCUUUGAACUUUAGAAAAUUACACUGAUUCCUUCAGUUGGUGUCUGUGUCUUUGGUGCUGACCCUGCCCACUGGUAGAACCAAAUUGGCAUAGUCUGGCUGGAUUACAACAAAAUGUCACUUUUUAAAUGUCAGUGCAAGGAAUCAGUCCUAUCUGAAAUUUCUGGAUGCAAAACCCUUCCCUAGAGUUCGCUGUCUCUGGAGUGGGCUGAGGUCCGAGCACCAUGUGAGCAGUGGAGCAGUCAGUUAAAAGAGGCUGAACCACUGGAAUGGUUCACAUGCAUCCAAAAAUUGCAUAAGGAAAAAGGAAAAGAACUUGUGGGUUUGGGAUGAUGAGGAUGGAUUUUGUUAACAGCAUAUUGGAAACAGCACCAACAGAAAGAACAAUUUUUGUUGGAACACUCCCACAUGGAGCCACAGAAGAAGUUUUAAUCUUGAGAUUGAAUUUCUUUGUGCUAGUGAAAUAAUAAUGAUUUAAUAUUAUACAUAUUUAUCUAUUAAAUAUAAUCAAAUAAUAUUUUAAUUUGUAGAUAAAGUAAAUAAUAAUAAUAUGAAAUAAUGCUGACAAUACUAAUAUGUUAGCUUUGGUUGCUCAGGGAUGUAACACUGAAUGCCCUACAGAAAAGCAUUAGCAAGGAUAUAAAGGUCACUGGUAAACUUUGUGAGAUUUUUUAUAUUGAAUAAAGGAGGAAGGGAUGAAAUUGGCUGUU